AUGCAGGCGGAUAAGGGUUGCUGGACUUGCAAGCAGAGAAAGAUUGGCUGUGACAAAAGCAUUCCGCACUGCGAUAAUUGCGUCCGAACGAGGAGAGAGUGUGCUGGCUACGGGAUUCGUCUGAACUGGCCUGACCAGCUUCGCAGCAGGGAGAAAGAUCUAAUCGUUUGCCCCGUGGUAGAGAUAGCGAGUGCUCAAGAGCACCCCCAGACUCUUGGGACUAGGUUCCUCAAUACCACUCACAGACACUUCCGCUUGGCGACCAAGCGACGCGUCACGUGGCAUCAGGUCAUGCACCGAGCAUCUGUUGGACCAGUCGCUUCUGUUACCCUUUACUCACCCCAGCUAGAUGAAGACGGCAUGCUCCUGGUUUACUAUCAUAGCGCCAAUGUGCUCAACGACCCGGGCGGCAAAUGGCUUUCGUGCCGAAACUCAUGUGGCUACUACAAUGAUGCUGUGCAUGUACACUACGCUUGCACGGAUCUACGUUUUGCUAACAUUAACAAGGUCAUCGGUCUAUUUGGCUGCUCUGUCGAGGUCUUUGACAACAUAUCGUCUAUCAACCAAAUACGCACAAUGAUCCUGAAGUCGGAGAGGAGCGACAUCAAGAGAAAUACAGAACAGUUCAGGAUCGUCUUGCAAGAGAAGCUGGAGAGCCUAGUACACUUCCUAAGCCCUGACGAAGUUGCACACUCGACGAGCGCCCAGAUUCGAGAUGCAUUAGCCACUGCGGAAUUGUAUCGCUUGGCAAGUCUGCUAUACCUCCAGCGUGUCGUUCCUGUCGCAGGCGACGAGAAGAAGAGAAUUAGCUACUUGGAACAGGCAUACGCAGCGAUGAAGGAAGUGCGUGUAGCGACAAGCCCCUGGCCAGUGUUUAUUUUCGCAUGCGAGACGCGUUCGGAAGAACAGCGCAUUCACAUACUUGACAUCCUGGACCGCAUGGACAAAAUUAGGAAUGUCGGGAACGUACGUGUUAUGCGGUCCGUGAUUGAGAACGUAUGGAUACAACAGGAUCUGCGGGAAUUGGUAGAUGCAACGGGAACGAUACCAUGGUGGCUCUGUAUUGAGUCCGACCUGCCAGUACCUUGGUUUGCAUGA